UGAAGAUGCAUUUGCCACCUCGCUCUCUUUCUCUCUCUAAAAAGUGGGCAGCAUAUAAACUAAAAAGAAAGAAAGAAACAGCUACCAGUUCAAAAGCAGAAGCCAUAAAGCCUGAAUUCCCUUUGCACAGGCUAUAUCUCUGCCGGAUUUUCUGAUCAAGUUGACAGCUCUCUCUCUCUCUCUCUCUCUCUCUCUCUCUCUCUCUCUCUCUCCUAGAAAGUAGGCUGGCUGUUUUUUGUAUUAAGAUUUGAAGCUUUUGAAGGAAGAAGAAGAAGGAGCAAGGGGAAGACAUGGGCUUUGCUACUGCUGGUGAUCUGAAACCCAGCAUCUCUGUGAAGAGACACUUCCGACCAACCUCCAUCACCAUUUCAAGCACUGCCACGGAACGCACCCACGAACGUGAAUGGCCACUUUCAGAUGUUUCCAGUGACCUUACAGUUGAAGUGCAAGAAGCAAAGUUCUUCCUUCACAAGUUUCCUCUGGUUUGCCAAAGUGGGAAGAUCAGAAGAUUGUUGACUGAAGCAAAGGAUUCAAGUUUCCCUAGGAUAAGUCUUGAUAGAUUUCCAGGCGGACCAGAAGCUUUUGAUUUAGCAGCAAAAUUCUGCUACGGCAUAAAUAUUGAGAUCACACAGAAGAAUGUCGCAAUGCUGAGAUGUGCAGCAUAUUACUUGGAAAUGACAGAAGAGUUUGCAGAGAAAAAUUUGGAAGAUCAAACAGAAAAGUAUCUGAAAGAAGUUGUAUUUCCUAGCAUUCCAAAUUCCAUUGAUGUCCUUCAACAGUGUGAAAAUCUACUUCCAACAGCAGAGGAUAUUAAACUUACUAACAGAAUUAUCAAUGGGAUUGCAGCAAAUUUGUGCAAAGAGCAACUAACUACCAGCUUAUCAAGACUUGAACAAAACUUCCAUCCAAAAGCUACCAGCUCAGAAACUGAUACCUCAGCAGACAGGUGGGGAAGCAGUCUAACAAAGUUGAAUAUCAACUUAUUCCAGAGGGUCAUAUCCACACUAAAGUUUAAGGGCCAGAAUCAAGAUAUCAUUGGAAAAAUUUUGGUUAGCUACUCGAAGUUUUCUCUUCAAGGAGGAUGUUUAGAAACAGAGCUCCAAAAGAAGCAGAAACUUGUAGUUGAAACAAUAGUUGGAUCGCUACCAACACCUUCAAGAAAAUGUUCAAUGCCAGUAGCCUUUCUCUUUGGCUUACUCAAAGCAGCAAUAACAUCAUCUGUGUCAUCAACAUGCAGAUCAGAUUUAGAGAGAAGAGUAGGCCUGCAAUUGGAUCAAGCAGUUCUUGAAGAUAUCCUCAUUCCUUUAAAUCCAUCUGACAGCAACUCCACAUUGUUCGACAUGGAAACGGUUCAGAGAAUAGUCUCUAAUUUUCUGAAUUUGGAUGACGGACAAGGUGAUGAUGAUCUCGUACAAGCUCAGACUGAUGCAUAUUAUGAGCUUGAUAGCCCAAGAUCUCCUAACCAGAGAUCAAUCUUCAAGGUAUCCAAGCUCAUGGACAGCUAUCUUGCUGAAAUUGCAACGGAUGCAAAUGUGACACCCACCAAGUUCAUUGCCAUGGCUGAACUACUUCCUGACCAUGCAAGAGUCCAGAGUGAUGGACUCUACAAAGCCAUUGACCUUUUUCUCAAGGCUCAUCCUAAUAUCAAAGAAUCAGAAUGUUAUCGCCUUUGCAAAACCAUUGACUGUCAAAAGCUAUCUCAAGAUGCCUGCAGCCAUGCAGCUCAGAAUGAGAGACUACCCAUACAGAUGGCAGUGCAAGUUCUGUACUUCGAGCAGAUCAGACUCAGAAAUGCCAUGAAUGGAGAGGGAAAUCAUCAGCAUCAACAUCAGUUUUUCAGUUCUGCCGACUCUCAACAAAACUUCCAUAAACUGAAUUGUGGGGUCGGAAGUGGCACCAUGUCACCAAGAGACAAUUAUGCUUCUGUACGAAGAGAAAAUAGGGAACUGAAAAUGGAAGUAGCAAGGAUGAGGAUGAGGCUGAACGACUUGGAGAAAGACCAUAUCUCAAUGAAACAGGAGCUCAUCAGGUCAAAUCCAGCUAGCAAUAUGCUGAGUUCUUUUGCUCGAAAGCUAAGCAAACUUCAUGCACUGUUUCGAACUAAAGAUGGCAAAUCUAUCAGCUCAAAAAAAGCACAUAUAGAUGCUCGUUUUCUAUUUCAGAAGCAUUGGCGCCACUCUGUUUCUUAAAAACAAGUAGCAGAAGAACAGGUAACAAGUGAAAAUUGUGAUACGAGGUGAUAAAGUAUGUUUUCUAUAUAGCUGUUUUAUUUUGUUCUCUUCACUUCUGGACAUAAUUGUAUUCAGCGAGCAAAUGAAUAUCACUCUAUUUGAAUAAGAAACAGCAGCAUUGACAUCACAUGGUACAAAAAAUUCAUUUUAAUGAAAACAAUCUGAGGCAGCAAAUUUAAAAUGCAAGAGACCCAGUAAUGAGGCUAAAUCCAUAUCUUUCAAGGAAUUCUUUUAGUUUUGAUUCUUGACAUGCACUUGCUUGUUUGCAUUCCAGGUUUUUGACGGCAAAAUUUUUCUCAGAUAUUUUUUCCAGCAAAGUUGUUUUUCUCAGAGAAUCCCGUGAAAAUUUUGGCAAAGUUUAAAAUGAAAAAAGUCAAAAAUUAGGUAAAAAUAAAAUAAAUCAGAAACUAAUAAUAAAACAUAAAUAAACUUAGAUGAAUGUGAUAAAAAUAAUGUUUUAGUUAUGAAAAAUCAUUUAGUUUAAGUUCAAAUUUGAAUACACAAUGAUAUUCACGUUAAAAAAGUGAAAAAUAUAAAAAUCGGGAAAAACAAGAAAAAACAUGAAAAUAUAUUGUCUCGUUUUUUCAAAAUAUCAUCAUUUUUUUUCUCGUUAAUAUCGUGAUAUUUUUGAAAUAUCGCAAUAUCUGUGGCACUACCUGUUUGUACUGAAAGAGCUAACCACCUCCAAUAUUUCUGAUAUAAUAGAAUCACAGGAGAAAAAGACAAUCAAGAAUUAAUGAGCAAGAAAGAGCCUAACUUCCAAACAAGAAGUUCAUGAAUGGUCUGUUGCAAACAAAGUAUGGCUUCAGCAAUUUAGGAAAGGACGUGCUUAGACUCACGUUCUAUUUCAAAAAGGUAGGCAACAUAAUAUUGUUUCUUGCUAGUCAGCGUCCAUAACAAAAAUGAAAGAAAUAGAAUUCAACUACGUUGACAAGAGAAUGAUGUUUAUUUUCCUGAUUGUUCCCAUAUUUCAGAUAUGUAAGAGACCAGAUGAGUAUGUCACAUAGGUACGGGUGCGGGUACGGACCAUUUUCAAAAAAAUUGGGUACGAGGGUACGGCCGUACACACACGCUGACAUAUAUAUAUAUAUAUAUAUAUAUAUAUAUAUAUAU